AUGUCUGACAAGUACAAGUAUCGUGUUGAGAUACAACAAAUGAUGUUUGUCUCUGGUGAAAACAACGAACCACCAGUUGAAACAACAUCUUUGAUCGAGGAUAUAGUGAGAGGGCAGGUUGUUGAAAUUUUACUCCAAGCAACCAGAACGGCCAAUUGUAGGGGGAGUAAGAGUAUAGUGCCCGAAGAUGUCAUCUUUUUAAUCAGACAUGAUAAAGCUAAGGUGAACAGAUUGCGUACAUAUCUAUCAUGGAAGGACCUUAGAAAAAAUGCCAAAGAUCAAGAUGCACAGCAAGCUGCAGCAGGUGGUGGUGCAGGAGAUGGCUCUGGUCCUGGCGGUAUUGAUGAUGAUGAUGCUGGCAAAAAGGACAAAGACGGAGCCGGAGUCAACAUGAAAGUGAAGAAGUCAAGCAUCAAGCUACCAUGGGAGUUACAGUUCAUGUUCAAUGAGCAACCUCUUGAGAAUCCAGAUGAGGAUGAUAUGGACGAUGAUGAACGGGAGGCUAAUAUGGCUACAUUGAAGAGACUAAAAAUGGCUGAUGAUAGGACUAGAGGUAUGACGAAGGAAGAAUACGUGCAUUGGUCUGAUUGUCGACAAGCCAGUUUCACUUUCAGAAAAUCAAAAAGAUUCAAAGAUUGGUCUGGAAUAUCUCAGUUGAUAGACAGUAAACCUCACGAUGAUGUAAUCGAUAUUCUUGGGUUCUUAACUUUUGAGAUCGUCUGUGCAAUAACGGAAACUGCAUUGAAGAUCAAAACAAGAUACGAAAGGAUAAGAAGCAUGAAAACUCAAUCACAACCCCAAGAAUACAGUGUAGGUACAACUAGAAGGAAAAAGAGACUGUUUGACGGUCCCGAUAAUGUAGUAAAUCCUUUGAAACCGGAACAUAUUGAAGAAGCUUGGCGUGUUUUACAGACUGUGAACAUGAAACAUAGAGCUUUAUCGAAUUAUAAAGGUGGUAGAUUGUCGAGUAGAACAGUCAUCAUGUAA